CUAAGAGUAAGGGUUGUGUGUGUUGUAAGUUGUCUGUGGCAAACGUGAUAUAUGGUGAAGUAAAGAACGAUGCUUUUCGAGGGUAAAGUGAUGGCUUUCUUGAGCAUUGCCAUUUCAGCUGGAGUACUAGCUGCACAGCAGCAAGCUGAAAACAUCCAUCUUCUUUCUCCAGAAGAGCAAAAAUUCAUUCAGAACGUAGGACAUAAAGGGUUACCCAGGGACUGUUAUGACCUGUGGGAAAGUUCUGGAGGUCAGGCACGGGAUGGUGUCUACAUAAUCAAGCCCAGAGUCUCACCCAUCGUAGCCUACUGUGCCAUGCAGGAAGGUGGCUGGACUGUGAUCCAGCACAUCACAGUCAACAGCAGUGUGGACUUUGACCGCUCCUGGGAGGAAUAUAAGUUGGGCUUUGGAACCUUGACUGGCAACCAUUGGUUAGGCAAUGAGUACGUCCACCAACUCACCAGUGGACCCAUUCGCUACAAGCUGGGCAUCAAGCUAGUGGACAAAGAUGCCAUAACCAAAGCAGGUGAAUAUGACCCAGCACUGGUGGAAGGAGAAGAUGCACAGUAUAGGCUGCGUCUGGGCUUGUACCAUGGCACUGCUGUCGAUGCUCUCACUCUGGACCCAGAAAACUACCUCCACGAUAACCAGAAGUUUACCACCAAGGAUCGUGACAAUGAUAACUAUUUCCAGAACUGUGCCAAGCUAGAGUUCCAGGGAGUUGCAGGUGGGGGGUGGUGGUAUGACGCUUGUGCUGGUGCCAACCUCAACCGCCGAAACGUCAUCUAUUGGCAAAAGGACUGCAACAAGGAACACCUGUGCAAAUAUGCCUGGAUGAUGGUAAAGCCUUCAGAUAUGGUCAAAAUUGUGCGUUCUGCAGAUUGCAAAAGGGAUGAGCUCUGAGCUUAUUGCAUAGCAUUCAGUGUGUGGGAGGGCUGAUCUGUACAAAUUCAUGUAAAGUUUUCUCUUUGAUCAUUUGAUUAAAAUAAUAGCAUACAGAAUGUUGGAGGGCUGAUCAACAGAAGAUAAAUUUUCUCUUGAUCAUAUGAUAAAAAUUAGCAUUCAGACUGUGGGAGAGUUGAUCUUCAGGAAAGUCAUGAUAAAUAUUCUCUUGAGCAUUUGAUAAAAACUCAGGUAACUGAAAAGGACUGGUUCUUAGAAAGAAUUUAUUAGAAGACCAAUUUUGAGGUUCUUUUAUAAAGAUCAAAUUAGUAUAAUUGUAUAGGGAGUAGCAAAGUUUUGAAGUAGAUCUAUAUUUAUGCAAACUAUACAUACAAAGAGGUUUGCAUAGAGGGCACAAAUAAUUAAUAAUAAUAAUAAUAAUAAUAAUAAUAAUACAGCUGACUGAUUGUUUAUUACCUCCAUUGUCACUUGUAAUUUUAAUAAUAUGUAAUGAAAUAUUGUGAUAUCACUGUUUAAUUGAUAAACCCAAAUAUCCCUUAAAAAAUCUUUACAUGAUAUACAGUAUGUGAUAAUACAUUAACACAAAUAGGGAGGUUGUUAAUCUUACCAACAAAACAGCAAAAAGGGGUGCAGUUUAUGGAUUGACUAAUCAGUUUAAUUUAAAAAAAAGAUGGAAUUACAAAAACAUUACACAAAAAUAUUAACUUGAGCAUCAAAGUCUCCUUAAGUGAACAUAGCUCCUGUUUGCUGUAGUCUUUUUUGUUAUUGUUUGUUUUUUUUAAAUUAUUUUUUAUUAUUUGUCCCUUAAAACUUUGUUUGAGCUUGUAGCUCUUAUUUGUUUCUUCUCUUAUGAAUGGAAAAGGCAUUUGAUGAGCAUGUAAAAUCUUGAUCAAGCAUUUUUUUAAUGUUCAGAUUAAAGUGUAAUUUCCAAAAUAGUAAUAGCCUCUAAGACUAUAUUAAGCAUAAAAAUAAGAAUGUCAAUUACACAUCAUUGGCCAUUACAUCAGAUCAUACAUUUGUGAAACGCACAUAUUUAUCUUAUGUGGAACAAUCGACAAACAAGUCAUUUUAGAUGUAGUUGUGCUGAAAAUCUAUGGUUAAAUUACAUACUACCUUAUACCGAUACUGUCUCAUCUAGGUAUGUCACGAAAACCGGUACUUCGGUACCAAGUCGGUACCAACAUUCUUAAAACGUGAUGGUACUUGUUUUUCUGCAGUUCCAUUGAUACCCAUUGUAACGAAGGUACCAUAAGUACCGGGGUUGCAAUUCUUCCGGACCUGAUGGGGCACCAAAUACGCACAAGUGUUUUAGUCGGUCCACAAGUGGUGAAGAAGAGGAGGAAUGUCUACAAGCACACGGGAAAAAAUACAGAAGUUUAGCUUAGCUUAACAAGUUUAGCUCCGCCCCGAAUCGUUGUGAGGAAAGCUAGCAUCGGUUUCCGGUGUGCAACCGAUGCUAUCAUUCAUUUCAAACAAAGCGAGGAAACACCUGGAAUUUGGCGAAACACCAGAAAGACGGUCCUAUAUUAUAUUUGUUUGAGGCAGCUGGCAUUGUAGCCGUGAAACCAGCUAACAUUAUGCUCCAUGUAAUGUUAGCCAUAGCCAGUUAUUUGUUAACGAUGCUAACGCAUUGCGAUGUUAUAAACUACCUCCUAAUGGGUCACCAUACAUCGCCAUUCAGCCCGUGUCCUAUCAGCUAAAUGUAGCUGAAUGUCACUAAUAAAUAUUCACAUGAUAUGCUUUAUUAAAUAUUUUUGGCCUGCCACCAUAUCAGUGAAUU